AUGAUGAUGGCCCUGAAAGCUCAGCUCCUGAUUGGUGUCCUCUACUAUGUAACCUGUUUCCUUGUGUAUGGCUUCCCCACUGACCCUGGGACUGAGUUCCGCUCUGCAUUCUCUGUGGCUAGAACCAGCAGCAUGGAAGGGAGCUCUGAGAUGGUCAUCACCUUUGACAAGGUCUACGUGAACAUCGGUAAUGACUUUGACCCCAAGACUGGGAUGUUCAGGUGUCGAAUACCUGGGGCCUAUUACUUCUCCUUCACUGUUGGGAAAUACCCCAAGAAAAACUUGUCUGUCAUGCUGAUGAGAAACAAGAACGAGGUGCAAGUAAUCGUGUAUGAUGAGCAUCAUCGCAAGGAACGGAAGGUGGCCAGCCAGAGUGCCAUGCUGCAAUUGGACUAUGGUGACACAGUCUGGCUGCGUUUACAUGGAGACCCCAAAUAUGCCCUCUACAGCAAUGCAGGCCCCUACACAACUUUCAAUGGUUAUCUCAUUUAUCCAGACACCUCUUCCUACUUCCGAAACAGUGUAACCUCUCAGGAGCUGGGAGGAGGUGCAGAGCAACUUCAUCGUGCCAUUCAGCAACUUCCAGGAGAGCAGAAUGAAGCCUCAAAAGUACACCUGCUGUCUGAUGAACCAACAAGAGAACAAGACCCCCGCUCUGCAUUUUCUGUUGCCCGCACACAAAGCCUUUUGGGGACAGAUGAGAAACAGACCCAGCAUGAGCCAAUCACGUUUGACACAGAGUUUGUGAACAUUGGGAAGGAUUUCAAUUCCUCAAGUGGCAUCUUCUUGUGCCGUGUGCCUGGUGCAUAUUAUUUCUCUUUCACCAUUGGCAAAAUGCCUUUUAAGACCAUGUCAGUGAAACUGAUGAAGAACCACAAUGAAGUUCAGGCUAUGAUCUAUGAUGACAACCACUCCAAGAGGCGAGAGAUGCAAAGCCAGAGCAUCAUGCUGCCCCUGCACUAUGGAGACACCAUCUGGCUAUAUAGCCACCAGCAUGAUGGCUAUGGUGCCUACAGCAACCAUGGCAAAUACAUCACUUUCACAGGCUUCCUGAUCUAUCCAGAGGUUCAGCCAAAGCUGCUUCCUGGUGCCAGUUCAGCCCAGGGGCCCAAAAUCUAAAUACAGGCAUUCAAGGAGCAUAAACGAAACCAAGAUACAAUGGACUUGGGUGUGGAUCCUUGUUGGAUGUCAUCCUGUACAUGACAAUGUUAACCAGCAUGUUAAUGUGUGUUUCCUUAUGCUGCAUGCUUGUGCCAUGGCUGCAGAGCCAUUGCUUCUGUUGUUCAUCCAUAGAAUGAUCUUUACAGAGUGUAUGUGUGUGUUCAGUGUUACUGUUCGAUUUAAGCAUGAGGUAGUUUGGAGACAGGGGGAGGGCAGUGAAAUGAAGUGUUAUGAGUCAGGGAGCCACUGCAGAAAUACUAUAAAGAUAUCCCUACUCAGAGGGAAAGGAUCUGGUAACAUUCAUUGUAUACUGGGGGUGCAGGGACAAAUGUAAUGGAAAUGAACUUAAUAAACAUACACAAGAAAA